AUGGUAUUCCAGCAGAUAGGUAAACAGGGCAGGUAUGCAGAGCAAGGCAGCAUCACUCACGGCUCUCGUGUGUGUUCAGGCUCGUACCCGUCUCCUAAAGCCGGAGCGACGCUGGUUCUGUUCGGGGAUCUGCUGGUUCUGUUCGGCGGCUGGACGCGGCCCAGUCCAUACCCUCUGCAUCAGCCCGAGCGCUUCUUCGACGAGAUACACACCUACUCACCCUCCAAAAACUGGUGGAACUGCAUCGUGACGACUCGCGGGCCACCGCCGAUGGCCGGACACUCGUCCUCUGUGAUGGGCAGCACUAUGGUGGUGUUUGGAGGCUCUCUGGGCGCGCGGCAGAUGAGUAACGAGGUCUGGGUUCUGGAUCUGGAGCAGUGGUCCUGGUCCAAACCAGCCGUUAGCGGCCCGUCUCCUCACCCUCGUGGGGGACAGUCUCAGAUCAUGAUCGACAGCGAGACCCUGCUGAUUCUGGGAGGCUGCGGCGGGCCGAACGCUCUGCUGAAGGAUGCGUGGCUGCUGCACAUGAGCACCUCCCCCUGGACGUGGCAGCAGCUGCGUGUGGAGAACGAGGAUCACGGUGCGCCAGAGCUCUGGUGUCAUCCGGCCUGCAAGGUGGGUCAGUGUGUGGUGGUGUUCUCUCAGGCUCCGUCGGGUCGAGCUCCUCUCAGCCCGAGUCUGAACUCUCGUCCCUCACCCAUCAGCUCCACACCGGCUCCUCUGGGGCCAGAACCGCCCUCACUGCGCUCACAGUCUCCGGUGCGGGGCGGUGCGGCAGGCGUGGUGCUCGAGGAGGCUCCCUGUGUGAACGGUCGCUGGGGGACACUGCGUCCGAGAGCGUCGGCCCGAGCAUCAUCACCCUCACGAGGUCCUGACAGCCCACCGCUGCUCAACGGCUCGUCUCCCUCCCCGCGCACCAGCCCUGUGCAGGGGGCGUCUCCACCCACACGCCCGCAGGCGGAGUACAGCUGGGAAGGCUCACCCUCCACUGAACCCCUCGCUUCCAACGGGCUCCACACGCCUCCACAGCCCGGCUCGCCGCACACCCCUCCGGGUGCCGUUUCUCCUGCCACUCUGCGCCGCAGUCUGGAGGCCGUCAAAACCUCUUCGUCACUGCCAUCCUCUUCCUCUCUGUCCCAGCCGUGCUCAUCUGCGUCCGCCAGCACUCCUCCCGCCUCCUCCAGCCCCCCCCAGGCCUCCGACGGAAUCCCCAUCCCACCCAUCGCCCGCCGCCUCGCCCACCACCCGCCGCAGAGCCUGAACGUGGGCAAGCCGCUCUACCAGUCGCUCAACUGCAAGCCCAUGCAGAUGUACGUGCUGGACAUCUCUCGUGCCAAGUCGGGCGGCGUGGUGUCGUGGCGGGCGUACGGGAGCGGAGGAGCACCCAGCGCGGUCACCGGGCCGCCCGAGACCAGCCUGCAUACAGUGGUUCAGGGCCGCGGAGAGCUCAUCAUCUUCGGAGGCCUGAUGGACAAAAAGCAGAACGUGAAAUAUUACCCCAAAACCAACGCCUUGUACUUCGUCCGCGCCAAGAGGUGAUGGAGGAGCGACGCCGACUGCUGCCCUUACACUAACUUACUCAAACACAGCUCCACACGUAUACAGGACACUCUAACAUAGAUGUGCUUUCAGUUUCUGAGCGAGUGAAAGAUUUUUCUGCUGUCUGCUCUGCGAGUGUGUGUGUGUGUGUGUGUGUGUGAGAGAGAACUCUUCACCCUCAGAAGCACUGAUCUGACUGAAGGAAACAGACGAUUGUAGGAGGAACUGAUGAAAUGGACCUUUUUUACUGUUCUUUCAACCUUCAAUGUUUACAUUUAACUUUUGUGUGUAUGUGU